CCUCCAGCAUUCACGCCUCCCGCGUCCGUUCCGCGGCGCAGGCACACCGCGGUCUAUAUACACGCACGUAACGCACGCACACGAACCCGCGGACCACCCAUAUACACACGCGGCCGUGCCGCGUAUACACCGCCCUGAAUCCGGACGGGGACUUUAGCACACCAACACCUCCGCGGGAGGUGUGGGGGUGAGCCCCCAGAGUAGGUGUCAAUCCUAGCGCUGCUCAGUGACCAUCGCGGCGCCACCCAAGUAACACCUUUCGUCCGCUCUUCAGCCCCGACCGAUCAUCGUCUCAUCACCGAGAAGUCUCACCGAGAGGAGAUAAACUUACUCCUUUCUAUUUGCCAUCAUUGCCACAUUGUUGUCGUCGUUGUCGUUGUCGUCGUUGUCGUUGUUGCUGUCGUCGACUUGCGCUCUUCACGUCGGAUACGCGUGUCGACCGGCGCGCGUGACGUUUCAACUGACGGUUCAACUAUCCUCUCGUGAAGACUCGUGGCCUUUAAACCCGUCGGACGAUCAGCGACCGUCGUGAACGUAGUGUCGUGUUUCAGAGCAUUGGAGAGGAACGAGGAAAAAGAGAGACGGGAAACGAGGAGAGAAGACAGCGAAGACAGAAAACUGCGAACGCGAGUCAGUGACAAGUCAGUGAUUAGUGAACAGCAGAUUUGCGCUAUGGCUUAGAGUGACUCGCGGCUAGUGUUUCGACAUGGAAGUGACUCUUAUACUGAAGAUCUACCACGCGGCGUCACCGUAGACGUCUGCUCGCGAGUGCUUCACGAGUUCCUCCACGAUUUCAGAGUACCAGUGUACUCCACUCCAUCUCGGUGCCCCGUAAGCCAACGACUCGCUCUCGCUUUUAUAACCUCUCGUAUAUCUCGUGAGUGACACCUCGUUGAAUCGCACUUCGCGCGUAACAGUGAAGGAUUGCCGUUGAAAACGUCGGACCAAUCCUGCCGGCAGGAUCGAGUUACUGUCCGCGUUGUAAGAUGUCGACUAGGCAGCUGUACGCGACAUCCAGCGAGACUAUCGUCGGCGAUUUCCCGCAGCCGGAAAUUCGCGCGAAAGAACGCGGGCGUUCCGAGGACGGUGGUCCACAGUCUUGAGCGCGAGCGUGCGGUCUUCUCUCGAAAACACGUGUGUCCUCGGAACAUGUGGAGGAACAAGCGCGAUCGUUGAUCGUACAGGCUAGACACAUCCGCGGGGAAGAGCAACGUCCGUCCGACGGCUCCUCGUUGAACGGCGGCUCUCUUGAACCGCUCUCGCGCGAGCAAUUCGUGUCGUGAGACGAGAGCGAGACCGAGGAGGAUCGCGCGCGCGAGCAACACCCGAAGCAAGUUUGAGUCACUCGAAGAGGAAUCUCGCGCGACUCGGCACACUCGCCCGUCUCGAUGAGAUUCGAACAAGAUACGGCGUGCAGGGGUACCCACUGCGCCAGCACUCCGCAACCCUCCGCGCUGCAGCAACGAUCACGGCCUGAGGAGGAGGUGGUGGUGGAGGAGGAGGAGGACUCCUCCGCGAAAGACGUCGACGGUCAACGACGUAGACUUGGCAUAGAAUUGGAGGCUAACGUGGUCGAAGGUGCAAACACGGGGCCGCGGGCCGAGGCGGGGGGGCCUGGGAUGGCGUACCCCGCGUCAGCGACGGCUCUAAAUCAGCACUCGCCCUUCGCAAGCUCGAUCGCCGGCGGCACGCCGCCCGCCAGCAACCCGAACGGCCACAUCGGUGCCGGCACCGGACACCUGCCGGCACCGGCGGCACCGCGACCGACGGACUUUAGCGUCUCCUCGCUGCUGACCGCGGCGAGCACCCAUCCGCCUGGUAUUCUGGGCGGCUCGUCGUCGCAGGGUAGCGCUUCUCCGCCGCCCGGUGGACCUGGUAGCCCGGCCGCGGCGCCGGAAACACCGCCGCCCUUACCCGCGAGCGGCCAACGCGACUUGUCACACCCGUCUUCAGCGGUGGCGGCUGCCAGUUAUUUCAGCGCUGCCGCCCUAGCGGCGGCGGGUUUCUACAAUCCGGCGGCACAUCUGCCACCCACCAGCUCGCCAGGACCAACGGCAGCAGCGCAUCAUCUCCAGAGCAAGGGGAUACUCACCGGUGCGCAUCAUCAUCCGCAUCUCAAUCCGCACGGUAUCACGCCACCAGGCCUAGGUCUGGGUCCGCAUACGCCGGAAGAAGUCUUGGCGGCGGCCGCGGCAGCAUUACAUCACCAUCAUCAAGGUCCAGGCGGUCCCACGAUGAGGCCUUUGAGGCCACCGCUACCGCCGGGGAUGCUUCACACGUCGCCGCAUCCCCUGGCCACGCAUCAUCCUCUCACGGCGCCGCAUCAUCCCCUCGUGCCACCUCAUCAUCCGGAGGAGGACGGCGUCGUCGACGAUCCCAAAGUUACGCUCGAGGGCAAGGAGCUCUGGGAGAAAUUUCACAAGCUCGGGACGGAAAUGGUCAUCACGAAGAGUGGCCGGCAGAUGUUUCCUCAGAUGAAGUUCCGAGUUUCCGGUCUGGACGCCAAAGCCAAGUACAUCCUCCUGCUAGACAUUGUCGCCGCCGAUGACUACAGAUACAAAUUCCACAACAGUAGGUGGAUGGUGGCGGGUAAGGCGGAUCCGGAAAUGCCGAAGAGGAUGUACAUACAUCCGGACUCGCCCAGCAGCGGCGAGCAGUGGAUGCAGAAGGUCGUGAGCUUCCACAAGCUCAAGCUCACCAACAACAUCAGCGACAAGCACGGCUUUGUAAGUACUACAAUACUGAACUCGAUGCACAAGUAUCAGCCGAGGUUUCACCUCGUGCGAGCCAACGACAUCCUGAAACUUCCGUAUUCGACGUUCAGAAGUUACGUUUUCAAGGAGACGGAAUUCAUCGCCGUGACGGCCUAUCAAAACGAGAAGAUCACCCAGCUCAAGAUCGAUAACAACCCCUUCGCGAAAGGAUUUCGGGAUACCGGCGCGGGGAAGCGCGAGAAAAAGUGAGUAUCGCUUUCAAAACUGCAUUUUAAACACGAUACAUUUUUUAACACUUUCCUGAAAUUCAAAUAAAUGUAUAUAGUAGAUAUAUAAAUCCUUUUUUUAUAUAUGUAUACGUGUUGCCGAGUUAUUUUCAGUUCGUUCUAUUACAAUUUCACGAGAUUUAUUUACAAAAAUUUUCGAAUAUUAUAUAAUAUCGAUAAUCAGGAAAGAGUUACAAAAAAAGUCGGUAAGACGAUAUUUAGAUCGUCCAAUGAGUAUCCUAUGAGGAAAGUUGCACGACUCAAAAUUUACGUCGAUAUAGGACGGAUUAAAAACUACCCUAAAUGCAAAGUAGACAUGUCCUCUCUUUGAAUCGCGUUUUGUGAAGAGCAAAGAGCGCGAAUCUGUCUUCGGGGUCGACCUAAUUGAUCGUAGACCUUUCGAGCAUCCCCUCGAUCGACGCUAUUAUGCCGACCUUAGGGUCACCCCCGGAGCUAAGGGUUCGUUCCACAGGGCUCAUUUGCACUCCGCAUUGCUGGCAGUGCCGUCCAUUUGUAUUCAAUAUUGCAGGUUUAUGAGCUUAUGUCAGCAAACGACCCCUCAGGGGGGAUGCUGGCCCGUCGUUGCCCUGGACUGACGGCGGCUAUGGAAACCCAUUUUGAGCCCAUUGAUCGCGGGGUGAAAACUCGAGUGGAUUUUGAUGAAAUUAAGUUCGCUAUGCAUAACAAUUUAAACCGUUCCUAAUUCUUGUUAUAUCGUUCGAAGAAAUUCUCAAAAUUUAAAUAAAAAAAAUAUUCUGUGACGACAGUGUAUCUUAAGACGCGCCGUUAUGUCACGUAAAAAAAACCA